AUGAUUUCUGGGCUGUUCAAGAUACCUCAAGACAAUAAAAGACGAAAGAAAAGGAACAAAGGCCCAAGCCGACUUCCUGACCUGGAGCUGGGUGACGUGCGAUCGAGUGAUGUUGUUGACAACAAAACGCCCUCCACGAAGAAGCCUGCUGAUACCUCGCUGGAUCGCUGGAAGAGUGGCAGUGACAGCACGCUUGGAAAAGAUGAAACUGUCGUGUCUGUAGCUGUACCAUCCGUGCUAUUUGACCUGGAGCUGUUUAGAAGGCUCGACGGAGAAAGAGAAUGGCAGUAUACAGACAAAACCGAAUCUGAGAAAGAGAAAUCAAAUGCAAUUUAUACGCAGAAAGAAACCGAAAUUGAAACAGAGAUCGAGCCUAUUUUGUAA